AGUACAGUAAACUCGUCGGUUCAUCCUCUAUAUAAUUUCCACUUUGACAUGUCUGCUGAAUCUAUAGCUGUCAUUGCUCCACCAAAGCAAACCUCGGCUGCUGCCGAUUUUAUCGCCGGAAACAUGGGUGGUAUGUGCCAAGUUCUUGUUGGCCAGCCGUUGGAUACCAUCAAAGUUCGUCUUCAGCUCGAUUCAGGUCGAUUUAAUGGUGCUAUGGACUGUGCUGUUCAAACCAUCAAGAACGAGGGCUUUUUUGCCCUAUACAAAGGAAUGGCGAGUCCUUUGGUGGGAAUAGGUGCUGUCAACGCUCUGCUCUUUGCUGCAAACACAGAGUGUCGUCGACUUCUACAAAGCUACCCUGGGGAGCAACUCCCUCUUUAUAAGAUUGCUAUUGCUGGAUCUGGAGCUGGUAUUGUCAACAGUGUUUUGGCUUCUCCAGUUGAAAUGCUCAAGAUCAAGUUGCAAGCUCAGUUUGGCAAAGGAGCUUCAGGUUCAGGACAGCGAUAUUAUAGUGGUCCCAUUGACUGUGCCCAAGAUUUGAUCCGUCAACACGGUGUUGCUAAUGGUCUUUUCCGUGGUCUUUGGGCCACUAUUGUUCGUGAAAUUCCUGCCUACGCUGGUUUUUACGUAGGAUUUGAGGCUACCAAGAGAACAUUGGUCAAAGAAGGUCAAGAGGCCAGCGUCCUACAACUUAUGACUGCUGGUGCAGCUGGUGGUUUGGGUUACUGGGCAGCUUGUUAUCCACUAGAUGUAGUCAAGUCCAAGGUUCAAAACCAAGUAGAACCUCCUAGAGGCUUCUAUAUCAUAUCUACCUUGAAAACUAUUCACGCUGAAAGCGGUUUUGCUGGUCUUUUCCGUGGAUUUGGCCCAUCAAUGGUCAGAGCUAUACCAGCCGCUGGUGCUACAUUUACUGCAUAUGAACUUACCAUGCGGGCUAUUGAGAAGAACAGUUUGAUAUAACUGCAUACAUUUUUCGUUAUAACGAUUGCUGCCGACGCUGCUUAGAUACAUUUGUAAAUAUCUAUUGUAGAAUUGAUACAUCUAUCAAUAACAU